AUGGAAGAGGAGGCCUUGCUUGGACUGGGGGACCCCGGCUUUGGGGCUCCCCUCAGCCCUGGAGUGGCGGUGCCCAGGCCAGGCUACCCAGAGGUGCCUCCACCAGUGUACCACUGGGCGGAGAUGCGCGCCAAGAUGCGCCUCCUGGGCUUCAAGGGGGACGCCGUGAAGCCGCUGAACGAGGACGCGGCGGCCGAGCUGGGCGCGGAGCUGCUGGGCGAGCUCACCAUCUUCGUGGUGGCCUGCAGCUGCCUGAUGCUGGAGUACUGGCGCCAGCAGGCCAACCACCGGCGCAAGGUGACCGAGCGGCGCGCCGCCUGGAGCUCGCUGCGGGACGAGGUGGACCACCUGGGGCUGGCGCUCGAGGCGCUGCGGGAUCAGCUGCAGGCGCUGCCGCCGCCGCCCGCGCCCGGCUCGCUGGAGGAGCUGCAGGCGCAGAUGCGCGACGUGCGCGCCCAGCUCCGCGCCCUGAGCGCGCCGUCGGCGCCGCAGGCUGCACCCAAGCCGGAGGAGUAG